CCCUGCACGCUGCUUUAAUAUCUAGGUUAGCGGAUGUGACGUCAGGGCCCAGCCCCCCGUGACUAGCUGUAAUCUGUCUAAGCCAUCUUUGUAACCUUUCAUCGCAGCACAUGCUGGAUAAACAAUAAAAAAACUAUAUGUAAUAAUUACUGGUAAUGUUUCAACUUAAAACCCAGUUUGAUGGUGAUGCUAAAUUUCUUGAUAUCUUCGCCCAUGCAGCUUUUAUUCUGAAGGUCUCGGCGGGUCAUUUGGUUCUGCUCAAAUUUCUAAGAGCAAAAAUAAAGUUUCAUGAAAAAUCUGCGAUCUAAUUAUACUUUUCAUCUGCCACACGACAGGUUUCGUACGAGAAACAAAUAUUUUGAAGGAUUUGACGACGUGAUCUGUUUGGCUUCUUUUAUUUUGACAGUCUAUUCCGGAAGUGAGUGUGCGUAGCGGCGAACUUGAUGCCAGUCUGCAGUGGACAACCUGAACCGACACGGUCUUCCGAUCCGCCAGCGUCUCCAUCCUCAGGAUUUUCGCUAAACUAACGGAUUCUUUCGGUUCUGGAGAAGCUGUGGAGGCGGUAACCAUCAUGGUGUUCGGAGUUCGGUCUGCUGGACGGUUCGGUUGGUGAAAAAGUUAAAGAACCAACAAGCCCUCCAGGUGGAGCCGUGUCCCUCUCAGAUGUGUCGUGUGACCCCGGCCGACCCCCAGCUGAUGCAGCAGGAAGCUGCGCGGCGCUGGGCGCAGCAGGAGGGAUGACAUGGAGAGCGGGGAGACGCGCGCGCAGCUGGAGACGCCAUCUUUACUCUCUUCUUCCCUCUAGAAGCCCUCAGGACGUCGCAGGAACGUAUUUUUCUACCGUUUUCUACCCAGAGCUGAUUUUUGCUACGAGCUGCGAAGCCAUAUUGGACCGGCGCCGGGAUGAGCUCCGAGGCCUUCCAGUACCGGGCGCUGUACGACUACAAGAAGGAGCGGGAGGAGGACAUCGACCUGCACGUGGGGGACAUGCUGCUGGUCAGCAGGGGGGCGCUGCUGGCGCUGGGCUGCGGCAGCGGGGACGAGGAGCGGCCGUCUGAGAUCGGCUGGCUGCCGGGCUUCAACGAGACCACGCAGGAGAAAGGCGACUUCCCAGGAACGUACGUGGAGUUCGUCGGCAGGAAGAGGAUGUCCCCGCCCACUCCGAAGCCCCGCCCACCCAGACCGCCAUCCGCCGCGUCCCUGAGGACCGACUCGGAGUCGGAGGGUUUGGUUCUGCCGGACCUGCCGGAGCAGUUCGGACCUCCAGACACGGCGCCGCCGCUCCUCAGCAGACUGAUGGAGCUCAUAGAGACCAAAGGUUCCGACAGCCUGGUUCUGUACCGCAGCAUGAGUGGAGGGGUUCUGGACACCCGGCAGCUGGCCGACACCGAGCCGGAGCAGCUGGACGUGCCGUCUCUGUGUGACGGGGUGGUCCGGUUCCUGCAGGACCUGCCCGGUCCGAUCCUGCCCGCCUCGCUGCAGGCCGACAUGAGCCACGCCGUCCAAGAGGUCCGGGACCCGGAGGAGUGCGCCCAGGUUCUGCGGGGCGUGGCGAGCUCGCCGGCCUGCCCGGCCCAGUUCGGGCUGACCCUGCUCAGCGUGGUCCGGCACCUGGCCCGGCUCUGUCUGCACGGCUCCAGGAACCAGCUGAGCCCGCGGGUUCUGGCCGAGAACUUCAGCCCGCUUCUGUUCAGGCAGCCCCCUGGGUCCGAUUCCGCUCUGGAUCCUCUGGUUCAGGCUCUGGAGGUUCUGAUCACCAGCGAACUCAACAUGACCCAAGCAGCACCAGCUCUGCCUCCCAAACCAGUGAAGGCCUCCACUGCUGCUCCCCCCAGCAGCUUCAACCACAGCAUCUCCCUGCAGGACGCCGAGUGGUACUGGGGGGACAUCUCCAGGGAGGAGGUGAACGAGAAGCUGAGAGACACGGCCGACGGCACCUUCCUGGUGCGGGACGCCUCCACCAAGAUGCACGGAGAUUACACCCUGACCCUCAGGAAGGGAGGCAACAACAAGCUGAUCAAGAUCUUCCAUCGGGACGGGAAGUACGGCUUCUCUGACCCGCUGACCUUCAGCUCGGUGGUGGAGCUCAUCAACCACUACCGCCACGAGUCUCUGGCCCAGUACAACCCCAAGCUGGACGUCAAGCUGCUCUACCCGGUGUCCAAGCACCAGCAGGACCAGGUGGUGAAGGAGGACAGCGUGGAGGCCGUGGGCAAGAAGCUGCACGAGUACCACCUGCAGUACCAGGAGAAGAACCACGAGUACGACCGGCUGUACGAGGAGUACACCAGAACGUCGCAGGAGAUCCAGAUGAAGCGCACCGCCAUCGAGGCCUUCAACGAGACCAUCAAGAUCUUCGAGGAGCAGUGCCAGACGCAGGAGCGCUUCAGCAAGGAGUACAUCGACAAGUUCCGCCGCGAGGGCAACGACAAGGAGAUCCAGAGGAUCAUGGAGAACUACGACAAGCUGAAGUCUCGGAUCAGUGAGAUCGUGGACAGCAAGCGCCACCUGGAGGUGGACCUGAAGAAGCAGGCGGCCGACAACCGGGAGAUCGACAAGAAGAUGAACAGCAUCAAACCGGACCUCAUCCAGCUCCGCAAGACCCGGGACCAGUACCUGAUGUGGCUGACCCAGAAAGGAGUCCGGCAGAGGAAGCUGAACGAGUGGCUGUGCAUGAAGAACGAGACCACCGAGGAUGAGUACAGCACGGUGGAGGACGAGGAGGACCUUCCUCACCACGACGAGCGGCUGUGGCGUCUGGGGAACAUGAACCGGCUGCAGGCCGAGGGCCUGCUGCGCGGCAAGCGGGACGGAACCUUCCUGGUCCGGGACAGCAGCAAGCCGGGCUGCUACGCCUGCUCCGUGGUGGUGGACGGCGAGGUCAAGCACUGCGUCAUCAACAAGACCGGCACCGGCUUCGGGUUCGCCGAGCCGUACAACCUGUACGGGUCGCUGAAGGAGCUGGUUCUGCACUACCAGCACACAUCGCUGGUCCAGCACAACGACUCGCUCAACGUCACGCUGGCCUUCCCCGUCUUCAGCCCGCAGCGCCGGUGACCUCUGACCCCAACACGGCGCCACGCUGGCCUUCCCCGUGACCUCUGACCCUGUACGACCUGGCUCGGGAUCAGAACCGGUCUCCUCUCUGCUGGGAUCACAUGGGAACCAAAGAAAACCCAAUAAUCAAUAUCUCUGAUGUUCAAGGCCCAAAUCAACACACUGGCCAAGCAAGAUGGCCGCCCUGGGCUUUGUGACUUCACUCUGCGUUACGGCUGGCGAUUCUUUUAGUGACCCAGUGUUCUAUCGACUGUUCUGACCAUUAAUCGGUUAAUAGAAAUGUGAUAAUUUGAUACCAGAUUUUCAUAUUUGCUCAUCCUGACUGUUACUUUUCUGUAGUUUAGAGAAUUAAACUGUUAACAAUAAUAGCUCAAUUUUUAAAUGAACCUGGACAAAAUUAUACAAAAAUAUGAAAUUUAAUGAUGAACCUGCAGGCUCACAGAGACCCCAGGUCAGUUUUCAGGUUAUGUUUUCAUCUUCGGUGAGUUUAAUGCCCAAACAUUCGUAGCUUCUGCGUUAGCGACGGCCGUGCUGAGUGUUUCUGCUGCUCUUCAGCUCAGGCUGCCAGACUCCACUUCGUUCAAAGAUGCUGAUUGGUCCCUGCAACAUAACGACACGUUGAUGCAGAUCAUUUACCCUGAGGCAUUUUAGUAAUGGCGGCUCUGGGGUCGCUGCAGGCAUCGUUUCAGCUGCGUCGCCAUGGAGCCCAAACGGCCAAUCGGUUUCAUCUUCAGAAACCCAACAGCCACGUUUAUCUCCAGACCUAAAACUAAACCUUAACAGCAAUAAAUCUGCCUGAUGGCGCCCCCUGCUGGUGGCCGACCACCCUGCAGGUCCAUGUGAUCCCGACCUCCAAACCCUGGUUCUGACCCGUGACCCUUGACCCCCGCCUCAUCAGUCAGCAGAAGCCAUGAUGUCGGCCGUUGGACGGCUCGUCCAGAACCUUCCUGAACACUGUGAACGCGUCAGAACUCAUCCCGUCCCACUUCCUGUUUGGUUUCAGGUGGCUGGGCUCUCCAGCGCCACCCAGAGGUCGGGAAUGAAACCCGACCAGGUUCUGGUUCUGGUUCUGGAGAGAAAUCAGGGAGAAAAGAAGAAAAGCACCAAAACCUCUGGAAUCAUUUCAGGACCAAACGUUUGUUUGGACUCGCAGGAAGUCCAGAUGUUUCUGUUCCGGAGGAAAACCAGGUACAGAGGCGGAAAUUGGCGUUACCGUGGUAACCGCAGGUACAGAGGCGGAAACUGGCGUUACCGUGGUAACCGCCUCGCGAAGCUUCGCUCCCAGGGAUAUGGAAAUAAGUUUUAAAACUUUGUUUUUUUUGUAAAAGGACGAAAGUCGUGCAUGAAAUGGGAACUUCUUCUUCUUCUCCUUGU